AUGCUCGACUUUUUCCGAACCGUUGCGCAGUCGAUACCUGUAGACGUGUCUCCAAGUGUUUCGCAGGAGGAAGAGGCCACUACUGGAGAUGCUAUGGGCCCAAGGGAUGACUCGUCAAAGAGGGCGGGCAUUAUCGUUUUGAGAGAGGACCUCGACUUCUAUGUCAUCCCCCCACGGGCUGACAUUACACAGUCCGAGAUGAUGGAAGUCAAGAGAGCCGCGGGCAAGGCCCUUCUCCAGCAGAAUGGCAUCUUUUCGGGUCUAAAGCGGAGCGAUGAACCAGGCACUACGGAAGCUCACCUCAUCGAGAUGUUGACAGCGGGUAGUGGAUUUCACCACGACGACAGCUGGGGUCAUCGGGCAGGCGAACCGAACAAAGCAGUCGUCUGCAGUUUAGCCUUGGCACGUCUACGCAGCGAUAUUCGAGGUAACGAAAUGGGCAGCAACGCCGUCGGCAUGGCGCAGAAGCUGCUCCUUUUCUGGCGUAAGCCUGCGAGGCGUUGCUGGUGGGAAGGCGUCGAGCUUGAAAACGUCGAGGGAGUCCAGGGCAAGCUCAAGGUCUGGAUCAGACGCGUUUGGACCCUGGAAAUGAGCGUCAUUGGCCUCCGAUGA